UUGCAAACAAAUCCUCGAAUAAUUUCCGUUUGGUAUCAUACAGCAUGUAUGAGUUCAAUCCCUAAUCCCUCACGCCUCCUUCACCGCUUCGUCGACUGCAUCCUUGAAGAUUGCUGCACCCUUGGCUAGAUCUUCCUUGGAAAUGUUCAACGGCGGAAUGAACCGCACGACUUCGUAGACACUGGUCGUGAGGAGGAUCAUUCCUUUUUCGAUGCACUUCUUGGCCACCCGGGCAGCCAUUCCCUUGCCUUCGAAUUCGACUGCGACCAUGAGCCCUCGGCCACGGACGUCCAGGACAGUCGACGGGUUAGCUGCUUUGACAUCGUCGAGUGCCGCGAAAAGUUCGGACGAACUGAUAUAUAUUGGUCAAUCGAGUCGGCUGGUUUGAAGGCCGUUACUGACCGAGCGUUCACAUUCGCCAGGAUAUUUUCCUCCUGCAUUACGUCCACAACAGCGCAUGCUGCGGCACAAGAGACGGCAUUUCCAGCGUACGUUCCACCCAUGGAGCCAACCGGCAUCUUGUCCAUGACCUCUUUCCUGCUCACGAUGCCGCUCAGCGGGAAUCCGUUAGCCAGACCCUUGGCCAUGAUCAUGAUAUCCGGUCGGACACCACUCCCUUCGAUCGCGAAGAAGGUGCCUGUGCGCGCGAAUCCGCUCUGCACCUCGUCGAUGAUGAGCAUGAUGCCAUGCUUGUCGCAUACUUCUCGCAGUCCGCGUAAGAAAGAUGCGGGGGCCGGCACAUAGCCUCCCUCGCCCAGGACUGGCUCGAUGAUGAUAGCCGCGGUAUCCGUCGGCGCGGUCUGCUGCUGGAGGAGGAGAUCGAGCUGGUAAAGACACUGAGAUACGAGCUCCGAUUCAGGUUUGUCGGAGGGCUGUCCCAGCUGAUGCCAGAACGGAUAAGGCAUGGUGAAUACACCCGGCUGUAUUAACGGGUUACGAUACGAUGCGCUAGAAUGGAGUGAUGAACUUUACCAUGACAGGCAGGACUCCUUUCGAGUAGAUGGUCUUGCUCCGAGUCACCGCCAUUGCACCGAAUGUACGUCCGUGAUAAGCACCUUGCAUGCAGAUGAUAUUCUGGCGUGCUGUGACCAUCCGAGCUACUUUGAUGGCGGCCUCGACCGCCUCAGAUCCUGAGUUCCAGAAGAAGAACGAGUCAAGCGACGGAUCGGGCAUCAGAGGCAGUAGUUUUUGGACGAGGCGGAGGUAGUGCUCGUGGAACGCGAUGCUGCACUACAAUCGUUCAUAGGGUCGACACAAAGAGAUGGUUCACCGGCAGUCGUACCUGCACAUGUACAACGUUCAUGCAUUGGUCGGCGGCGGCUUUGCUGACCUUGGGAUGACAGUGGCCUGUUCCCUGUGUUUGAGCAGAUAACUCGAUGGUCUGAUUGCACUGGCUCACCCAGGUUAGUGACACCGAUCCCACAGCUGAAGUCCAACAUUUUGCGGCCAUUGUCGUACUGCACAUAGGAUCCUUGUCCGGAGGUCAAGAUACCCUCCGUAACUCGCGAGAGUCCUGCGGUCACAUUCGAGCUGUAGUCCAGAAGGUUCGAUGUGGUGCUCAUAUUUCUGUGGGUACGGUUGAAACUAGUGGCGGAGGAGCGGUGCAAGGGUUUUAAUAGAGCCAAGGUGAGGUGACGCGAGAAAGAUGAGGUCACUGAUGAGGCGCACCCUUUGGUUUGCAAUCGCAGACUGAGUCGUGCAGAGCGGGACAGGAACAUACCAGGCGCUGGACGUGGGUGAAGCCUGCAGAGAGUUCGAUUGCCCGAUACGAUGACUCGGACGCGGUUGUGAUUACCCGACGUCAUCGUGCGCGUGACAUCUCCAAUCCUCGCGUACAACCCGCGUCAACUACGCGCCCAUCCUCAGUUCCUACAGGUAGAGCGUGGCGCACGCUCCGUUUCAUACAGUCUACUCGAGUAGAAUGGAUUGACUGUUGUACAAGGUACAAGCUCGGAUACACGUUACCUAACACACUCCUCUUCCUGCUCCACACACUCCACGUCUCCACAACCUUCGAUGUCGCGGCUCCCAGACAUCUUCACCCGCAUUUCCUGCCUGGACUGCCGAAAUACUCCAAGUGGAUCAAGCAUCAACCACUGUUGUGCAUACAGGUUGAGGCGGACCACGGACCGAACAUAACCGGAUUAUAAGUCCUGAGAUCUCGAGCAAUUCUUCUUGAUCCAUCCAUCUGCGAAUUACCAGGACCAUGUCAGCUUCUGCUCUCCAAAGCAUCUACGACCUGACGGGCCUCGUCGCGCUCGUCACAGGCGGCGGAACGGGCAUCGGGCUCAUGAUUGCGCAGGGGCUCGCUAGUGCGGGCGCCAAGGUGUAUAUCACAGGGCGACGCAAAGAGGUGCUGGACAAGGUUGUCGGUGCAUGGAACGAGAAGCAGACGAGCGAGAUGGUCGCGAUCCAGAUGGAUGUGAUCAGCAGGGAGAGUAUCAUGGCAGCCAAGAAGGUGUUGCAGGAGAAAGAGGGAAAGUUGCACAUCCUCGUAAACAAUGCUGGACAAGUCGGCCCGACGUCACCUUUCAUGAAUGACCCAUCUGCCCCCGAACGCAAAGAUCCGGAGACACUAGGCCAAGCGCUCUUCGACAACGAAACCUUCGCGGCAUGGUCUGACAUCUACACCAUCAACACAUUCUCGAUCUUCUUCGUGACCAACGCAUUCCUGGGUCUACUGCACCAGGGCACCCAGGAAUCAGGACGCCCAGGAUUCACCUCGAGCGUCGUGAACAUCACCAGCAUCUCCGGCGUCAUCAAGCUCGCGCAGGAUCAUUUCGCUUACAACAGCGCCAAGGCUGCCGCUGCGCACUUGACGCGCAUGAUGUCCACCGAGUAUGCCUUGAAAGGCGCGCAGGUGCGCGUGAACGCAGUCGCACCUGGAGUCUAUGCCUCGGAGAUGACGCAGGCCGAUAUCUCGCCUGAAGAGGUCGAUAAGAUCGGCAAAGGUCUCGCAUCAGUGCCGGCCCGCCGAGCCGGAACGGCGAAAGAAAUGGCCGGCACGAUCAUCUAUCUCGGCAGCCUCGCUGGCUGCUACACCAAUGGUCAAGAGAUUGUCAUUGAUGGGGGCUAUAUCGCCGUCAACCCUUCUACCUGAGCUGCGAUUAUGUAUAUCUAAGUAAUAGUAGAACCCCGUACCAAGGCUACUUGUCUAUCAGUAUGUUGUAUCACCUUUGAAGCUAGGCGUUGGUAAUACUCAGUCUCAUCAAGAUUUGAUCAAUUCAUGGCGUGGAAAGUUUUUCGCCGCUCACUGCGAAAUUUCGUUUAAAGAGAUCGAUUUGUGUAUUGUAAUGAUACAGCGAGUAAAAAUACAAGCCCGAAGGGCUGAGCAGUCAAAUGGGGUGAUGGCUAGGUUGUAACAACAGUGUAGAGUAUGCGAUGUAGGAGUAUUACUGAAUUAGUCGGCAAAGCAAGAGAAAGCGCGCGCCCUCUCCAUUACGGAGGCGGGAAAAGAUGAGGAGGGAAAUCGUCGCCGCUGACCUGCUUCCUCUUGAUGCUGGGCCGCUUGGACAGAGCGAUUUCUCCCUUCUUGUUCUCCUUGGGAAGUUCGGUGGGACUUGCCAGCCGCUUGCCGGUCGACGAGGGACUGUGCAGAUGCCCUGGCAGGAGAACCAAUCUCGGCGGUCGAUUCAACGUUCUUCUCGGCGGCGGCGAGAGACUAAGAGCAGCUGGGCGCGACCUCAAGCCAGCCCGAGCACGUUCUUGGUCAAUGACCAUCAAAGCGCCUUCGAUGAUGGCAGCGUGUACGAACACAUAUUGACGCAGGCUCUGGCACAGGCUCAUCCGCUGCUCGCGCAUGUCCUGUAUGACCUCCCAGAUGGGCUCCUCCAGCGUACUGAGCCGAACGGGGCCCUUUCCACCACGCAAGUGCAGCGAGCGCGGCUCCUUGUAGUCAACAUUGGGCGCAGUGGGCAACAUAUUUUCCACGCUCUUGAACGAUCGGAGACUGGACUGGCCAGGAGCAAAUGGCGACAUCGAACGC